AAGAGUGCAAAGAACAAAAAUGCAGCUUGAAAGUGGUCUCGCCCCUAUCCCGAACAGACGGACCUACAUUCUCGGACCUUAGUUCUCAGAUCUGGUCGGUAUUACGAUUUACGGAGUACCGAAUACCGAAAUCUGUAUCCGAUGGCGGACUGAUUCCGCCCUCUCCCAGACUCUGACAAAGCCCCACUAUAAACGGACUUGUCUUGUUAAUCAGCCGCUCCCAUCGUCUCCUCCCUAUAUCUCGACUUCGUGUCGAGUUCAAAAAGGGCGAGCUGUCCGAAAAUAUACACCUUUGGCCAUGCCCCAGCUCUACCACCCACCUCAAUGCGCCCUCAACGCAUCUUAAGAAGCGUCCCUCUAUUGCUUUCCGCUCUCCCUUCCACGGUAGCACAGCAGGCGAGCCAUCCCCAAGUGGCGUUUAAUUUCAACCCUUUGGAGCAGACGUUUCAUUGGAACGCCUCGUCAGACCCUCGACUUGCCCUCAAUAUGACCGCUAAAUCCGACAUUCGAGCUCCGGUCAUUGCCCUCUCUCAUGGUGGAGGACCGAUGCCGGUUCUAGGAGACCCGUCUCACGAGAGUAUCGUGCGCUCACUAAAGACAAAGGUUCCUAAGAUCUUGAAGCUGGGCACCGAGGACGCUCCUCGAGCAAUCGUAUUGGUCACUGCGCAUUGGUCCCAACAGCAACCGGCCAUAUCAAGUGCCGAGAAGCAUCAGCUGUUUUAUGACUACGGCGGGUUUCCAUCCGAGGCCUACUCGCUUCAGUAUGAUGCACCGGGGAGCCCAGAGAUCGCGGAGGAGGUUAGGAAAGCUAUGGCUGGUGAGGGUCUGAAGGCGAAGAUGGAUGAUGUGAGAGGUUGGGAUCACGGCGUCUUCAUUCCCAUGCUCCUGGUCCACCCAUCAGCGACGAUCCCCAUUGUACAAGUUUCCGUUUUGUCUUCCGAGUCGGUCAAAGAUCACUACGCGAUGGGGAGAGCCCUUGGAUACCUUCGAGAGCAGAACAUCGCUGUAGUCGGAUCAGGCUUCGCCUCGUUUCAUAACAUUCGUACCAUGUUCAGUGGAAGGACUGGCGACCCGGGGUUUCAGCGGAAGCUACAGGACUGGAAUGACGGCUUGAAGGACAUUACCAUGGAAUCAGACGCGGUGAAGCGCGGCCAACGGUUCGAAGGCUGGAGAGAGCUGCCCAUGGCCUAUGAAGCUCAUCCGCGCGGUGGAGCGGAGCAUUUCCUUCCUUUGGUCGUCUGUGCUGGGGCGGCUGGCGAUGGCAAGGCGAUGGGGUAUGCGGAUGAGUUUCUCGGACUGGAUAUCUGGUCUUAUUAUUGGGAAUAAACGCGGUCAAUGAGUACGGAUACACGGUGUUGGCGCUUUGGAGCCGGAAACAGGAUGAUCCCUAGAUAACCCUUCACGCCCCCAUAUAACCCCCUUUCCUGUCCCUAGCGUAUGCAUGUCGUGAUAUGAAAGUCAAUGAAGCGCAAACUAAUAAUACAGGACUGAAGAACCAGAUCGAAAGAUCCAAUGCCGUCGAACUGCUAUAAUGAUCCAUAAUGAUCCAUGG